AUGAAAAAUAUUGGUGAAGGAGAGGAAAUAAUAGAUAAUAAUAUUAUUAGUGAUAAUGAUUACAACAGUGAUACAAAUUUCUCUUCAAAUGAGAAUAACAAAUGCGAAAAGCAAAUACAGAUAUGUUUUAUAUCUAAUUUGAAAGAUGAUAAAUAUAAAAUUGAAAACAACAUUUAUACAGUUCCAGUUAGUUUUAGGAGAAUAGAUUUAUCUAGAAUGAUAAAAAAGUUACUAAAUAUAAAAGAAAAUAUUUCUUUUGAAUUUUUAAUAAAUAAAAAAAUACUAAGAUCUUCGAUAGAAGAAUUUUUACAACUUAAUAAUAUAUUAUCAGAAAAUGUCAUAGAAGUAGAAUUUACUAUUCCUAUAACAAAAAAAGAAAGUAAAAAAAUUGAUAAUAUUUCUGAAUGGAUAUCAGAAUUAAUUAUAAUUGAAAAUACAUUACAUUGUAGUACUUUUGAGGGGAAUAUAUUAUAUUAUGAUUUGACAAAUUUUAAUAAAAUAUAUGAAAAUAACGUAUCGAACAUGCCCAUAUUUUCUUUUAAUUCAUUUAAAGAUAAUAAACUGGGUAGUAAUUUAUAUCAUGAGUCUAUUAUUGGAUUGUCCAAUGGAACAAUAAAAAUAUUUUUAAAUGAAGAAAUAAAUAAGGGAAUAAAGACAAAAAAUCAAUUAUAUUUAAGUAAUCAUGAUGAUAUGAUUAAAUCUAUAGCUAUUAAUAAAGAUGCUUCAUUAAUAAUAAGUGGAGGAACUGAUAAUAAAAUAAAUAUAUAUGAUAAUAAUUAUAUUAUAGAAGAAUUAAAACAAUUUAAAAGUGAUAAUAAUAACAAAAGAAAGAAGAAAAAUGUAAUACCACCUAAAAAAUCUAUACAUAAAGAAUCAGGUAUUAUAACAAAUUUAAAUUUUUUUGAUAAUAUUAAGUUUUUAUCUAGUGGUUUUGAAAAAAAUAUUAAAAUUUUCGAUGUAACAAAUGGUAAUAUAGUUUCUUCAUUUCCAUAUAAUAAAUCUAUAAUACGUAGUGAUAUUAUAAACAAGAACUUAUUUAUAAUAGCUGACGAAAAUUCUUUAAUUAAACUAUUUGAUAUAAGAUGUUUAAAUGAAAAAUCAGUAAUAUCUUUAAAUGAAAAUAAAUAUUAUUCUCAUGAUAAAAUAAUAACUUCUCUUAAAGGAAAUAAAAAUGAACUAUAUUUUUUAUCAUCAUCUCAUGAUGGAUAUAUUAAUAUAUUUGAUAUUAGAUUAAAUAAAUUACCUGUUUAUACUAUUGAAAAUGAAAAAAAAAAAAUUCUUUCAUGUACAUGGUUUUAUAGAAAAAAAAAUCAUUCUAUUAUAAGUGCAGAUGAAUAUAAUAUAAAUAUCCACAAUUUUUAG